AUGUCACAGCAAACUCUAAGUAGAUUUUUCACCGUACGAAAGAAAAGCGAGACCAUUAAAGAAAAAACCUCUCUUCAAGAUGAACAGGAGCCACCAAAUCUCGCCAGUAUCGAGAAAUUGCAAUCCUUUGCAUGUAAUUCGCCAAAACCUGCAAGAAAAGAUGAUGCCAAGGAGACAGAGUCACUAAACAAGAAAAGGGAUAAUAUAUCUUCGAAGAAGAGACAGUCCGCAGGAUCUAAAAACGAGUCCACAGCAAACAAAAAGGUCAAACUUUUAACAGACUUCGAACAACAAAUCAUGGAUUUCAAACUGGAUCAUCUAGACAAACUACUUUUCAUCCAAAGUGGUUAUAGAUACAAAUUUUUUGGAGAGGAUGCCAAGAUUGCAUCCAAAAUAUUGAACAUCAAGCUGACUGAAGGAAAGUUUUCUUUUGAUCUGAACAAUCCAUCCAAAAAUGAUCACCUGUAUUCAACUUUUGCACAAGCAUCAGUGCCAAUCGAGCGACUAUUGGUGCAUGUCAGAAGAUUGAUAGUUAGAGGAUAUAAGGUCGGGGUUGUGAAUCAAAUUGAAACUGCUGCAAUCAGGGCUGAAACAAAGAGUAAAAGUAAGGUCUUUGACCGUUUUCUAUCACAUGUCUACUCAGCAGGAACUUUCAUCAGCGAUGAGGAUCUUGAGAAAAAUGUCACUGGAAAAUCAAUAGUAUGCAUCAAUGAGUCUACUGAUGGACACCUUUCUUUGGUUUCAGUAAACGUCUAUUUCACAGAUGUCGUUUAUGAUGAAUUUACGGACGACUUCACGAGAUACAAACUAGAGUCAAGGUUGCACCACCUGGAACCAAUUGAAAUAAUUACUAUUGGUGAGACCUCAAAAGAAACUUUGACAUGCAUUAACAAUUUUAGAAACUACAACGACAGCAAUACCAGUAACGUUGCGCAUUUAAAGGCAGAUAUACCAAACAGAACGUUCAGUGAAUUACUGGCGUAUGCCAAAGCUGAACUGGAAGAUAAUGAUGAAGUCUUUUCUUUUUUUAUGACUUUGGGAAAACCGUUGCUAGAAUGUUUUACAAAAUUACUCGAGUACUUGAAAGAAUUUAAGCUGACUUCAGUUUUCGAGUUCCUAAACAAUUACAAGAAGUUUUCAGAUGUCAAUAAAUGUACAAUUCUAGAUGCAAGCGUUUUGAAAAAUUUGGAAAUUUUCAACAACAACACAACAGGAAGCGAAAGAGGAUCUUUGUUUGCCAUGUUGGACAACACUUUCACCAAAUUCGGUCAAAGAAUGCUAAAGUAUUGGUUACAGCGACCAUUGGUGGAUAAAAUCUCCAUCAUUGAACGCCACGAUGCUGUAGAAUCCUUAAUGGGUAGAAUGAGUGGACUACAAAUAGAAAGAUUGAAGAAUGUCUUGAAAGCCUGUCCUGAUCUAGAGUUGAUCCUUUCCAGAAUUCAUUACGAACGGUCAAAUAGAAAAGAGGUCUAUUUAUUUUUGAAAAAAAUCAACGAGAUUCUUGCCGUCUUCAAAAAUAUGAAUGAUGCGUUGAUAUCAUUGGAUGCGCUAGGCUCAACUUUACUCAGCUCCAACUUUGAGACCUUGAAAAGUCUUUCCCAGAAAGAACUAUUGGAUAUGGAAGAGCUAUUAUCAAUGAUUAAUUCUCCAUCUGCAAUUGAUAGCAAGUCUCCGGAACAUAUCACAAACUAUUUCAAUUCUAGCUUUUUUAAUUAUAGACAAAUCGAGAAGCAAAAUUCAGAAAUUGAGCACAUAAAUGAGCUAUUGGAAGAAGAGCUUGAUAACAUCAAAACCCUUACCAAAAAUAAAGAUCUCCAGUUUAUGAAAGUCAACAAUGAGCCAUUCUUGAUUCAAAUUAGAAAAUCAAAUGUGAAGCACGUCCCUUCAGAUUGGAUCCGAAUAAGUGCAACAUUAAACUGUGUGAGAUAUAGAUCACCUGAAACUGUCAAUCUUUAUAAAAAACUCAAAUACCACGAGGAUGUUCUAAAACUGACUUGUGACAAAUUAUUCCUGGAGUUUACUUCCAGGAUAAACACAUACCAUCCGCAUAUUACUAAAUUGAUACAUAAGCUUGGCGAAUUUGACGCCUUGAUGUCACUUGUUUCAGCGGCUUUAAAUUACGACUACACAAAACCGAAAGUCGUUGAUGUUCCUACUAUACAACUUAAUAAUGCCAGAAAUCCAAUAACUGAACAAUUACUCAAAGAAAGACCAGCAUAUGCCUCAUAUGAAUCAAGUUCCUCGCAGUCGGACUAUACACGUGCAUCAUCUUAUAUUGAAAACAGUUUCAACCUUCAAAAAAAUUUUCACGAUGUUUCCCGUAUAGCCUUAAUCACCGGUCCAAAUAUGGGUGGUAAAUCCUCGUUCAUGAGACAAGUUGGGCUAAUUGUCGUGAUGUCUCAAGUGGGCUCUUUCAUUCCAUGUGAUGAGAACACAAUUUUGGGCAUCUUUGCAAAUAUUUGCAUAAGACUUGGCUCGAAUGAUGACAUUUUUGCCGGCAAAUCUACAUUUCAAGUCGAAUUAAUGGAGUGUCACCAGAUUCUUCAAACUUGUGUUGAAAGCGGGGCAGAUCCAACUUUUCCCAGAACUGGUAAACCUGGAAAUAGCUUGAUUCUCAUGGAUGAAUUGGGCAGAGGUACAUCAACUGUCGACGGAUGUAGCAUAGCAUGGUCAGUACUGGAUUAUUUUGUUAAUCAUAUGCUCAAUAACGUUUUGGUGUUAUUCGUAACCCAUUUCAAAGAGCUUGAAGCAUUCGAAAGUAUUAGCUCGGGCAUUGUAAAAAACUAUCACAUGGGGUAUAGGAUCUCACAUACCGAUGGCAAAGAUGAUGCGGUCAAUACUGAUGUUCUCUUUACUUAUAAAUUAACUGCUGGACCUAGUUCUGGCUCAUACGGUCUGUAUUGUGCUAAAAUUGCAGGACUACCACAUGAAAUAAUAAAUGUUGCAGAUAAGUUAUCACGAGAAAUGGAGACGAAGGCGCUGGAGCGAGACCUAAACAAAAUAACCAAACUUAUAAACGGAAAUUAUUUACAAGACCUGUAUGAUAUUGCAGCUCCGAUUAACUGA